AUGGAUAAUUCAUCUUAUGUGAUAUUUACUCUUAUGGUGCCCAAAGAAUCCAAAUCAUAUAGACAUGUAUAUUUUGUUUGCUUUCUUGCCUUAUAUGUGCUUAUAUUGUCAAUUAAUAUUCGUCUUUUUAUGGUCAUUAUUAUGGAGAAAGCACUUCAUGAACCGAUGUACAUAUUCUUGUCUCAUCUGUGUAUAAAUGGGGUUUAUGGAGCCUCAGGAUUUUACCCUAAAUUUCUGUCUGAUUUAAUAUUGGAUUCAUAUGUGAUCUCCUCUCACAUGUGUGCUCUGCAGAUCUUUGUUAUUUACAGCUCUUUACUGUGUGAAUUUACAAUAUUAACAGUGAUGUCUUAUGAUAGAUAUGUAGCCAUAUGCAAACCUUUAGACUAUCAUUCCAAAUUAACUAAAAACACCUGUGUAAAAUUAAUUCUGUUUUCAUGGUUUGUUCCCACUUUUUCUGUGUUCGGUGGCACACUGUUAUCAAAUUUGAAGCCAUUUUGCACUUAUCAUGUAGAUAAAUUAUAUUGUGACAACUGGUCAGUUGUAAAACUUUCUUGUGUAUCAUCUUUUGUAAAUAAUGUCUAUGGAUAUAUUGUCGCUGUCAUAUUUUUAAGUUUUGUAGUUAUCAUCAUAGUAUCCUAUAUUAAACUGAUCGCUGCAUGCAAAGCAUCUUUAGAAAACAGAAGGAAAUUUUGGCAAACAUGUCUGCCACACAUUUUAUUACUGAUAAAUUUCACUUUUGCUGUGUUAUUUGAUAUAAUGUAUAGCAGAUAUGGUUCAGAUGACAUUUCAGAGAGUCUGCGUCAUUUUUUGGCUUUAGAAUUAGUUAUAGUCCCACCUGUUUUUAACCCGCUAAUCUAUGGGUUAAAUAUUAGGGCAGUGCGCAAAAGAGUUUUUACUUCAUGUGUUGCAUCAAGAACUGCUUUAUUUCCUUAG